UGUAGAUGUGCUGUAGUUCUUACAGUGAGUGGAACAAACCAUACAACUUCGUAAAUAAAAAUAUUGUCGUGUCUCUCGUUCAUCGACACACAGCAAGAACAUACCUAAGUGUAGUUAACUACGUCAGAAACAAGUUUUUAAACAAAGUUUGUUAGUUCGUAACACAAAUUUAAUAAAAAACUUGAUGUGUUUUUAGUUUAAGUUGUGUUGUUCUUUUUAAUAAAAAUUACGUGGUCAACGCGUUAUGACGAAAUAAAUAAAUAAUUCUUUUGUGUGUGAAAUAAAAAUAUGUUGAGUUUAGAUAAAAUAAAUUUAUUAAAAACCUAAACAAAAAAAUUAGAAUCAUGUUAAACAUGGAAGAUGUAAGCCAAGUGCUGUUCACUGAGCUUCCAACACCAAUUGUGGCCACAACUUUAUUACGGCAUCAUGGUCAUCAUCCAUAUCAGCCGUAUCAUCCAUUACAUCAGCCACAAUUAUUGACCCCACACCAGCCUCAAAUCACCGCUUAUCAACAGCUUCAACGACUUCAGCGAGAAUUAACACCUCCAAGUCCACAACAGUCAUCCCAACAUCAUCAGCAAUUUUCCAAUCAAACCCAUAUAUCUAGUCUAUAUCCAGAAAUAUUAGCAAUGAUAUUUAGUUAUUUAGAAGUGCGUGAUAAAGGACGAGCAGCUCAAGUUUGUACCACAUGGCGUGAUGCCGCUUAUCAUAAAUCUGUAUGGCGAGGUGUUGAAGCAAAAUUACAUUUACGACGUGCAAAUCCAAGUUUAUUUGCUAGUUUAGUACGACGAGGUAUACGUAAAGUACAAGUGUUAUCCUUACGACGGACGCUACGUGAUGUCAUCCAAGGCAUUCCAAAUAUUGAAUCACUAAAUUUAAGUGGAUGUUAUAAUGUGACAGACAUUGGUUUGUCACAUGCUUUUGUUGCUGAAGUACCGUCGCUAACACAUCUAAACCUUUCACUAUGUAAACAAGUCACAGAUACAUCUUUAGGACGAAUAGCACAGUAUUUAAAAAAUCUAGAAGUGCUCGAAUUAGGUGGAUGUUGUAAUGUAACAAAUACAGGACUUUUAUUAAUAGCAUGGGGCUUAAAAAAUUUAAAACGUUUAAAUUUACGCUCAUGUUGGCAUGUUAGUGAUCAAGGUAUCAGUCAUUUAGCUGGUUUAAAUCGUGAAACAGCAUUAGGUAAUUUAAGUUUAGAAUAUUUAGGUUUACAAGAUUGUCAACGAUUAUCGGAUGAAGCGUUACGACAUGUAUCAACCGGUUUAACUGAAUUAAAAAGUAUAAAUUUAAGUUUUUGUGUGAGUAUAACGGAUAGUGGCUUAAAACAUUUAGCGAAAAUGUCUGCAUUACGUGAAUUAAAUUUACGUUCAUGUGAUAAUAUAUCUGAUAUUGGUAUGGCGUAUCUAGCGGAAGGUGGUUCAAGAGUUUCACAUUUGGAUGUGAGUUUUUGUGAUAAAAUUGGUGAUCAAGCGCUGGUUCAUAUAUCACAAGGAUUAUUUAAUUUACGUGCACUCUCGUUAAGUGCAUGCCAAAUAUCCGAUGAUGGUAUUGAACGCAUUGCAAAGACUUUACAUGAUUUAGAAGUGUUAAAUAUUGGACAAUGUUCACGUAUUAGUGAUAAAGGCUUAAAUACGGUGGCUGAAGCAUUAACCCGAUUAAAAUGUAUCGAUUUAUAUGGGUGUACACGUAUCACAACAGCGGGUAUUGAACGUAUUAUGAAAUUACCACAACUAAGUACAUUGAAUUUAGGAUUAUGGCAUGUGAGGUGAUCUUAAAAUGCAAACUAUUUUUAAACAAAUUUUUUUUAUUAAAAUAAAAUAUUGUUGAUCCAUCAUCUGUUAUGUGUGAUUUUGUGCUUUUUUAAUAAUUUUCGAAUGUAUUAA